AUGGCCGAAGGAGGGCCGGGUAAAGGUGGCGGAGAAGACCCCGCCAAGUCCGCCGAGCAGGAGGACCGGACUCGACCUCAGGUCCUGUCGGGAUCGGGCUUCUGCAAAUGGUUCAACGUCCGGAUGGGCUUUGGAUUUAUCUCAAUGACCAGCAGCGGAGGCGGCCCUGUCGCCCCUCUGGAUGUGUUCGUCCACCAAAGCAAACUGGUGAUGGAGGGCUUCCGCAGCUUAAAGGAGGGUGAGCAGGUAGAGUUCACCUAUAAGAAGUCCUCUAAGGGCCUGGAGUCCCUGCGGGUGACCGGACCGGGUGGGGGACCCUGCGCAGGCAGCGAGAGGAGACCCAAAGGGAAGGUCCCACUCCAGAAACGAAAACCAAAGGGAGACCGCUGUUAUAACUGUGGAGGUCUGGAUCACCAUGCCAAGGAGUGUGGCCUGCCCCCCCAGCCAAAGAAAUGCCACUACUGCCAGAGCAUCACGCACAUGGUGGCUCAGUGUCCCCACAAGGCGCUGGCGCCCGCCUCAGGCUCUCAGGACCAACCUGCGUCUACCUCGGCCUUCAGCCCCGGGAGCGGGUCAUUCCUCUGCCCCCCCGAGGAGGAGGAGCGCUCCGGCUCGUCUCCCCUAGAGGGCUCCUCCUCCUCCCCCGAGGAGCCCCCCACACACCGCGGCCCCCGCACCCAGAGGUGGAGGAAAUCUUGA